GUCUUCAUUAAUUAAUCGACUGCUGCUACGGCCUCGGUUCAUCCGAUCUAGGAGAGGGCUGCCGAGAUAUCAUGUCUGCCAUGGACUGCAGCUCCGAUGAGUCAUCAGAGCUAAGUGAUACUGAUAUCGAUGACUAUGCUGAGAAGGUGUACGUGGACCUCAAGUCUGGCAGGUUUGCGGCUAGACUAGGCCCCGACAGGUUCAGAUGCCCGUUCUGCCUCGGGAAGAAGAAGCAGGAUUACCGUUACAAUGAGCUGCUUCAGCAUGCCAUUGGGGUGGGUGCAUCCAACCGCGCUGCCAAGGUGAAGGCAAACCACCAGGCCCUGGCCAAACUUCUCAAGACUGAUCAUGCUGAUGCGGCAGGCUCAUUGCCAGCGCGACAAGCCGAAGCACUGUUUAACCCCCCUAAGCCUGUGCAAGAUCAGGAGCUGUAUGUUUAUCCCUGGAUGGGCAUCCUUGCCAAUGUUCCAGCAGAGCAAACAGAGAAAGAUGGAGCCACUGUGAUGCAGCAGCUAGAUCGUUUCAAACCCUCGCGGAUUAAUGCUGUGGAUUCUUCUGAUGGGUACACUGGGUUUGUGGUUGUUCACUUUGAGAAGGAUUGGAUUGGGUUUAAGGAUGCCCUGGCAUUCCAUAACUACUACAAAUCCCGUCAUCUGGGUAAAAGGGAAUGGAAUGAGGCAGGUCGGCGGGGAAAGUAUAUUUUUGGUUGGCUGGCAAAAGAAGAGGAUUACAAUUCAGAUGAUCCAGUUGCUAGGUUCUUGUCAGAAAGAGGUGAACUGAAGACAGUGUCGGAACUGCAACUUGAGGUGUCCCGGAAGACUGAGACUCUCAUAACUAAUUUGACAAACCAGAUUAGUGCUAAGAGCAAGUAUUUAAUGGAACUUGAGUGCAAGUGUAAUCAGAUGGAUCUCGCUCUUCAAAGGGCCAUGGAAGACAGUGACUCACUGCACCAACGCUACAAUGAAGAAAUGCGAAAUAUGCAGUCUGCUGCCCGUGAACAUUCGCGGAGAAUUGUUGAAGAGACUGAUCAGCUGAGAAAGCAUUUGGAUGAGAAAGAGCGUGCCAUCAAAAGGAGAUCCAAGCAACUAAGUGAAAUUGUUGCUCAAACUGACAUGGAAAGAAGAAAACUGGAGAAUGAGAGGAAAAAGAAUGAUGGUCAAAAUGAUUCCCUCAACAUGGCCAGAAUUGAGCAAGAGAAAGCCAAUGAAGGUGUGCGAAUUCUUGUCGAGAAACAUAAGAAAGAGAAGGAAGCUGCUUUGAACAAAAUCCUGAUGUUAGAGGAGCAGCUCGAUGAGAAGCAAAAGCUUGAGCUGGACAUAGAACAACUUAGAGGCAAACUGGAGGUGGUGAAACACAUGGAGGGAGAGGGUAUUGAUGUGAAGAAACGCACUGAAGAGCUGACUAAGCAACUAGAUGAAAGAAUGGAUGCCAUGGAGCACAUGGAUGAGCUAAAUCAAACUCUGAUCAUCAAGGAGAGGAUGACUAAUGAUGAACUGCAAGAUGCAAAGAAAGAGCUGAUUAAGGGCUUGGCUGAUUUGUUAAACCCUCGUAGCAUCAUUGGAAUCAAGAGGAUGGGUGAACUGGAUGAGAAGGCGUUUUUUAGUGCUUGCAAGGAAAGGUAUGGCGCAGAGGCCGAAACAAAGGCUCUUGAACUCUGCUCCCUGUGGCAAGCUAAUCUUAGGGACGCUAAUUGGCAUCCUUUCAAGGUGGUGGCCAUUGGUGACACGCACAAGCAAAUCAUCGAUGAAGGCGAUGAGAAGCUGGUGGGCUUGAAGGAGCAGCUCGGAGAAGAGGUCUACAAGGCUGUUACCACGGCACUGCUGGAGAUCAACGAGUACAACCCCAGCGGCAGCUACGUGGUGUCUGAGCUCUGGAACAACAAGGAGAACAAAAAGGCCAGCAUGGGGGAUGUCGUGGACCACAUCCUGAAGCAGUGGAAGCUACAGAAACGGAAGAGGUGAUGCAUGCAUCAAUACUGGAACAAGCUAAGGGGUUUCGUCUUAGAGGUUCUGCAGAUUAGACAAGACUACCCAAUAGUUUCCUUUUUUACUAUGCUUCGUACUUUGUUGGUAGACUGGAAUUUUAUCUGCUUCUCUGAAGGCACACUUAUGUAUGUCCCUCUUAUAUCAUUCCUGAACCGUCGACACUUUGCGAGAACCAUCUGAAGCAACCGUAUUGGCUCCUGGAACUA